ACAAAAAUGACAACACUUUUCACAUAAAAAGAAAGAACGUCUAGAGAGAGGGAAGACAUAUAGCUGGUUGCCUGGUUUCACUUUUCAAAUCAGAAUCCUCCAAGAUAUGGGUCUACUAGCAAAGGUGGUUCUAUGCAUUAUUCUGCUUCAUCAUCUCCAUUGGUGUUCUGGAUAUGUACAAGGAUAUGAAAACAAUGUAGAAAGAGGCCAAAGGAUUAACAGACAACUUAUUAGUGGUGGUGGUCGUGGUGGUGGUAGAUCAUCAGGGUCUUCUUCUUCAUCUAGUAAUCAUGGUAGUGGUUCAGCUUCAAGAAAAUCACCUCACCCGUCAACCGGUAAUGAUAAGAGCUAUGGUAGUGGGACGGCUUCUAAAAAGUCACCUUUUACUCCAUAUGGUGUAGUAUACGCAGCCGGUGCGGCUAACCAUCAGAACAACAACAAUAACCAUCGCAAUAUGGCUGCCCCUCUCAGCUGCAAUAGAAACAACAUUGGAUUGUUAUUCACUGCGCAGCUUAUAGUUUCCAUCUUACUGGUGGUAGCAUCCUCCUAAGUUUUCUAGUUUCUGUACAGAUUUUUUUUUAUAUGAUCCGGAGUGUUGCUUUUGGAGUAUGAAUUUGUCACUGUUUUUGUUUGUUUUGCUGCUUUCCAUUCGAAACCAUUACGUUCCAGCAAGUGAUCAUUUUAGAUUCUUUGUAUUA